CAUCCAAAUCUAGCCUCAGAAGCCCUUGAACCAAAGCCCCCAUUAUUACUUGUGCCUCCUGGAGGAGAGCCCGGCAGCCAUAGCCAUGGGAGGAAGCAAGAGGGGUCUGGGGAGUGUGAUCGUGUGUUUACUCGUGCUGGGGCUGGUCCUCAAGCAGGUGCAACAUGUAGAGGGCGUGGAUUGCGGCGGGAGCAUCUUCAAAGUGGCCUGCUACCAUUCUUGCCUUCUCGGUCCUAGUACAGUGUUUCAGUGCGCAGACUUCUGUGGCUGUCACCUCCCCGCUGACUUGGCCUUUGUACGCAGCUCCGAUGAACUAAACACCAUUGAGUAUUGCAGCUUAGAAUGUAGGUCUUCCAUGUGUGACAACAUGGUCAUGGUCAACAUAGCUAUCAACAGUGAAGAGAUGAAACUCUAUGUGAAACUCUGCGGUGAUGCUUGUGAUAGUUUGUGUAAGGGGAAUGCUCUCCUGGCAUCCCUUGAUCUUGAUGACUAAUAAUGGAUAAGCAUGGUCUGAAAUUUCACAGGCCAAAGUUACGUCUCGCCUUCGUGUUCAAUAAAACUGGAUCCCAUUGAGAGUAUCCAAACCAGUGUGCCAGUUUGUUCAUGUGCUUGUGUGUAUUUUCUUUCGUUGCUACAAUAAAAGAUAUUACAUGUGUCAUUUGCCUAUGGAUAUAAACUCUAUGAGCAUAUGCCUCGUGUAAUAUUAUUUGGUCUUCAAUUUAUUUUUUUUAGGCUUGACCUCAAGUUGUUUGAUGUAUGUGAUGUAAACCAUGAAAUGGAUCUUUUUUUUCCGCAUUUUCAGUGAACACUUCGCUGCAGUAUUCUGUUGA